AACCAUAGAUCACACGUAUCUACGAGACGUUCCGCUGAACGCCUUGUUCCCCAGUUGCUCUGACUGUACCGUAGUUCAUCUUAUGCCUUUAGAAAUGAACUUGAACGAUCUUGAAAAUGUAAAGCUUAUUAUAUUUUUAUAGAUUACCAUUUUUUAAAUUUCUAUAAAAUAUUUUGUAAAGCUUUUGGCAAGGGCACUCUUUAUUAGAAAUGUUUGACCUUAAAGAUGGAUGGAAUAUCUCUUUCGCCGGUUGCGGUUUUUUGGGGAUCUAUCACAUCGGUGUGGCCAGCUGCCUGCUGGAACAAGCACCCUACCUCGUGAAAGGAGCGUCAAAGAUCUACGGAGCUUCGGCCGGGGCGCUCACGGCGUCCAUGCUUGCCAGCGGCGCGUCCAUAGCCAAAUGCUGUGAGGACGUGGUCGAAAUGGCCAAGGAGGCCCGCAGGCGCAACCUGGGCCCCCUGCACCCCAGCUUCAACCUGCUGAAGGUCCUGCGGGCGGGGCUGAGCAGGGACCUGCCGGCCGACGCCCACGUGCAGGCCUCCGGGCGCCUCUGCGUGUCCCUCACCCGCGUGUCCGACGGGCAGAACGAGCUGGUGACCCACUUCGACUCCAAGGAGGAGCUCAUCCAGGCUCUGGUCUGCAGCUGUUUCAUCCCCAUCUACUGCGGCCUGAUCCCCCCGUCUUUCCGUGGAGUGCGCUACGUGGACGGCGGCAUCAGCAACAACCUGCCGCAGUUCGAGGCGCGGAACACCAUCACCGUGUCGCCGUUCGCCGGGGAGAGCGACGUGUGCCCGCGGGACGGCUGCUUCAGCCUGCACGAGCUGCGCUUCACCAACAACAGCAUCCACGUCACCAUGGGCAACGUGUCGCGCCUCAGCCGGGCGCUGUUCCCGCCCGAGCCCAAGGUGAUGGCAGAGAUGUGUCAGAAUGGCUACGGAGACGCCCUUCGGUUCCUCAGAGAGAACAAUCUGGUGGGGCUGGAGCGUCCAACUGCCGGUCUGCCUGUGCCCGAGCUCAAGCAAGCCACACCCACCUGCUGUUGCUCCGGAGACAGGAACGGCCAACCCGUGCCUGAGAAGCCCGUAGCCACGGAGACCACCAAGGAGUGGGUUCUGCGGAAGUUUCGACUCCUGAGGAAGCGCCACUGGUGGCUGGAUGAACGAAUCAUUCACACCCUGCCAACACCCCUUAAAAAAGUGCUCUGUGAGGCCUGUAGGGAGAAGCACAGCCUGUACGCUCAGGUGACAGACCUGCUCCCUGUGCGCGUGGCCUCCUACAUGCUGCUGCCCUACACACUCCCAGUGCAGUCUGCUUACUCCAUGGCUCAGAGGCUGGUGGAGUGGAUUCCCGAGGUGUCUGAGGACGUGAAGUGGCUGUACGGGAUGGCCGGCUCCGCGUACAGACAGGCGUGGGGAGGAGGAGGACCCCCCGGUGCAGCCAGCGAUGUUCCUGUCAGGAAGUGUCUGAGCAUGCCCCCCACCCUGGACCUCCGGGGGCCCCUGGCCGAGUGGGACAGGUGCAAGCUGCUCUCCUGCAUGGACCCCUCCAGCGCCCCUGGCCUUCCCCCAGGCCCCGCCCCCUACAUCAAUCUCAGGACUCCAGGCCCCGCCCCCGGGAAGAUACGCUUCUUGGUCGGCGAGGCGGACGAGUUGGACGCCCCCUCCCGCCCCCCCGACCAGCCGGACGCGUGUUACCUUUAGAAGUGAUACCUCUUACCCAUGAAGAGCGAGCUCAUGGCCACGCCCUGUCCCGUUAAAGGAACCACGAAGCUGUGCAGACACCGUUACCUCAUUUUGGGAGCCAGACCCACACAUAUAGAUUUUUUUCUUUGCUCUGCCAACCACUGCACAUAUGGGCAAGGAGUCCGUGGGCAGAGACAGUGGUGCUGUGAAUCCAUGAAACCAAAGAAGCAUCACAAGAUUUAACAACAACAAAAAAAGAUCUGAACUGUUCUGCUAGACAACCUCAAGCUGUGACUACUCUCUGAUUUCACUUAUGCACAGUGUUUUUUUUUUUUGUGGUUUGUCGAAAUGUUUCUCACAUGAUAUUUUCCUGAAUAGAAUCCUUCUUUUUUUUUCGACUGUGCUCUUUCCAAAGAGUUCUCUUUCACAUGGUGCCUUAAGUCUGUGUAUGCCAUUCCAAACACUUGAAAUUUCACUGUGAAGGCCACCUUACAAUUGUUGAAAUGCUGCAGCUGUUGCAAGCCAGUUACACUGCUGGAUUUUUAUCUCUGUAUAAAGGUAACUGGCGCAGAGUUCCAACAUGGGCUCAGACAUUACACUGUGGUCCAGCAUCCAUCCCUCUUUACCAUGUUGGCAAAAAUACUGAGCGAGCAUUUCACUAUGGCUUUGCUACUGUUAGGGCACAAAUGUGUUGUGUUUAAUUGCCGGUCACAGUGGUGCUCAUUUGAAAGUGUAUUAACCAGUUGCAAAUAUGUAUGACUGCCUUAACUCAAAAGUGCCUGGUAUAUUUGGGGAACAGUAGCUUAAAAUGAUGUUGUGGUUUCAGUUUUGUAUAUACCAGAGCUAGUUUUGGUAUAAUUUUAUUGAAACCAGCUGAACAGUGGAAGCACAGUGUUGCUGUAGUGUUAUGUCAAAGUGCCCCUGGAAGUGCAUCUGGAAAGCUUGUGAUAAGGUUUUACCUUGUUUUCCUCUCUCUGUGUGUAACAGGGCAAAUAAAUAAACGUAUUUUAACAACUACAAAUUCUGUAUUGUCUGUGAACAACACUGAUUAUUCUGUGUGUUGUAAGUACGUGAAACACUUGGUGCUUGGAUGCCUCUUUUUGAAUAAAACAGUCAUUUAAAAUAGACAAA